UGCACAGUAUUUGUGUAUCACAAGGGGAAUUCAUUUGCAAGGGAGAAGAACAAAGGAUUGGGACUGUACAGCCUGAAGAUCGGUGGGCAGCAAACUGGAAUCUAAGAUGGUGAAGACCCGUACGAGAGGCAGGGUGGUGGUGGUGACCGUUCUGCUGACAGCUGUUUUGUUUGCGGAGUUCGCCCAAACGCUUCAAUGUUUCUUCUGCCGGGAGCCCACCAGACCGGAGAAAUGCCUAAGUGUGGCUAAGUGUAUGCCGAACCAAACCAUGUGUAUGACGAUCAUGCACUCUCUUGAAGAAGUCUACCCUUUUGUGGGUGAACUCACCGUCACACGGUCUUGUUCUCGGUCGUGCAACCUUUCCGAGAUAGAUGAAAUUGGUUCCACGCGUCUGGUGACCUGUUGCCACACCAACCUCUGCAACCAUGAUGGGGCCUCCUGGCUAGAGAUCAGCUACACCCUGUUGGGGGGAAUUCUGGCUUCUUUCUUCCUCUUCCUCAGCUGAGACUGAAUUUCUCCAUGAUUUGGCAGAGAGCCUACUUCACUUUCCUAGAACAUGGGUUCAACGAUGGGUUGUCUUCUCUUCCUAUUCCUGGACACCUGUUUGUCUCAAAUAAAGAAAAUGGGAACAGAAA